CAACGAUAGGUUACAAUUGUUCGAAUCUCCCGUUGACGAUGACUGAAUGCAGUAUGCGUUAUAAUUACCUGGGUAACUCUGGAUUGAAAGUAUCCAACAUAUGCCUGGGUACUCUUACAUUCGGCGAAAGCGAGCGUGGUCGUCCCGGUCAAGCCAAUGAAGAACUAUCGCAUCAAUUGAUGGAUCGUUUUGUUGAAAAGGGUGGAAAUUAUAUCGAUACAGCUAACAAUUACCAGUUGGGACUUUCCGAAAAAAUUGUAGGAUCCUGGCUAAAGAAAAGACAGAACAGAGAGAGUUUAGUUAUCGCAACUAAAGCAAGAAUGGCGAUGAACUUUGAUGACCCUAAUGGCAUAGGUCUAAGUAGGAAACAUAUACUAUGGACUGUGGAAGAAAGUUUAAAGAGGUUACAGACUGAUUAUAUAGAUUUAUAUCAGAUGCAUAUUUGGGAUGCUGCUACACCUAUUGAAGAAUCGCUGCGUACGAUGGAUGAUUUGGUGAGAAGUGGCAAAGUACGAUAUGUCGGCGUCAGCAACUUUACCGGAUGGCAGUUACAGAAAACAGCUGAUGUUUGCAAAUACAUGGGUCUUCAGAAAGUCGUUAGUUUACAGGCUCAGUACAGUUUACUGGUGCGUGGAUUGGAAUAUGAAUUGGUAGAUGUCUGUAAGAAUGAAGGUAUUGGCAUCCUACCAUGGAGUCCACUCAAGGGUGGUUGGUUGACAGGGAAGGCACGUCAUGGCGUUCCACCCCCACGAGGCAGUAGGAUGUCAUUUGUUGAAGCUGAUCGUAGACGGGAGUAUGAAAGCCACCCAAGUUACUCUUGUUUUGCCGAUGAUCCACAGGUCAAUGACAUCUUAGAUAAAGUUGAUAGAAUAGCUAAAGAACAGGGAAAGACUAUGGCACAAGUUUCCCUGAGAUGGUUACUCCAGAAAGAUACUGUGCCAUCUGUAGUUAUUGGAGCAAAGACUUUACAACAACUAAAUGAAAAUAUGGGUGCUUCGUCAGGAUGGGAACUAAAUGAUAGUCAGAGUCAUGCGGGUUGCACUCCUACUGGGAGACCGGUAGAAGAGCGUGUAACAGCCAAUUGUAACAGCCCAUCACGUGAUUUCACUCGGAAUAUGUACGUGGAUUGA